CUCACUACUACGUAAUGUGCCGUGCUGCUUAUGGCGGCGCUGGUGACAGUGCUGAAAGCUGUUGGGUAUGAAGUGAAACAGAAUUGAUUUUGUACCAUCUGAAACCUACUUCAAGUUCAGAUCAUCGAUCGGUCAGAAGAAACAUCAAAAGAAACAAACGAACAUCCCCAAAACGACCCAACAGUACAACAACUCUGAAGUCAAGACAAAGAACUGCACUGCUGGAAAAGAGAGAACUAAAGCAACCCGAAGCAACCAAAUUAACAAACCAAAGAUUUAAGAAACAAUCAGGCUGCAACCGACCAUCAACGUUAACAGCGAAGGCGAGACCUGAUCUGAGACAAGAAGUUUGUGCCUACUCAACAGCUUUGAUAAAGCACACGUCCCAACGCUGCACCAAGCCCUCCUCAUCCUCCCCGCACCUCUUCCUCCUCUGGGGUGCGGAGAGGGCUGCUGUCUGCUAGUCUUUUCAUUUUAACCUUUUCUUUGUCAAUUGCAGACCGAAUCCUCCCUGUUGUUUUUUUGUUUUGUUUUUUAAUUAUUAUUAUUUCAGUUCACUUUUCUAAAAGCAGUGUGUCUACAACUGCACUUGCCUUUUUAUUUGAAUUUUUUUGUCCCUGAUUUUGCAACUUUUGUAAUUAGAACGUGUGCCAGAAAGCCGAAGCUUACAAUAGUGUGUGUGCGUGCGUGCAUGUGAGCAGAGUCUGAAGCAUCGUUUAAGUGAUUUGAUUGGUCCAAAUCAUUACCGCCUUCCGAGACAACAGAACAAGUGUCCCCCCAAUCCUUACCCUCACCUGACGAUGGAGGUCUCUGAUGCACCCGUUGCUGCCCCCACCCCAUCCACCUCAAGCCAACCAAUCCCUCGCUCUGCCUCAGUCUCAUGUCAUACCCCGCGUGCAGUGGGGGGUAAAAAGCAAAAGCGGACCCCCCUGUACCAGCGCUCUAUGAGUUUUGACCCCAGUCUGCUGCAUAAUAACGGCCACAGUGGCUUUGCCAACGGGACCGGCAUGGGAAUCCGAGAGACGGGUGUGGUCGAGAAACUGCUUGCAUCAUACGGCUUCAUUCAGUGCUCUGAAAGACAGGCCCGCCUCUUCUUCCAUUGCUCUCAGUACAGCGGCAACCUGCAGGAGCUUAAGAUCGGAGAUGAUGUGGAGUUUGAGGUGUCGUCUGAUAGACGCACUGGCAAACCAAUCGCGGUGAAGCUGGUAAAAAUCAAAGCAGAAAUGUUGCCAGAAGAGCGAAUUUCUGGGCAGGUGGGGCCUGACUUGCACGCCUCUCCUUUAACUGUGCUGCAUGGUUUUAUUCAUCCAGUAGUGUCAGCUAUCCCUUCUCACCUGGAUGGGAAGUCUGCACCUGGCCAGGUGCCCACAGGCAGUGUGUGUUACGAGAGGAACGGGGUGAGUGAAGUGUUUUAUUUGACUUACACCCCUGAGGAUGUGGAAGGAAAUGUUACUUUAGAUACUGGAGAUAAAGUCAGUUUUUUCAUGGAGACCAACAAGCAUACUGGUGCUGUUAGUGCUCACAACGUUGUAUUGGUAAAGAAGAAACAGUCAAGAUGCCAGGGAGUUGUUUGUGCUACCAAGGAGGCCUUUGGAUUCAUUGAACGAGGAGAUGUGGUCAAAGAGAUAUUCUUCCACUACAGUGAGUUUAAAGGAGAUCUAGAGGCUCUACAAGCUGGAGAUGAUGUUGAAUUCACUAUUAAAGAAAGAAAUGGCAAGGAAGUGGCUACAGAUGUAAGACUGUUGCCCCAGGGCACUGUUAUAUUUGAAGACAUCAGUAUUGAGACCUUUGAAGGCACCGUCAACAAGGUUAUUCCCAAGGCCCCAACUAAGAAUCAGAAUGACCCACUGCCUGGGCGAAUCGGUGCCAGAAUUAAUUUCACAGACAAAGAGCUGCUAUUCGGGGAGAAGGACACCAAGUCCAAAGUGACGCUGCUGGAAGGAGACCAUGUCCAGUUCAAUAUUUCAACUGACCGUCGAGACAAAUUGGAAAGGGCGACUAACAUUGACAUCCUCCCUGACACCUUCCAUUUCACAAAGGAGGCCCGUGAAAUGGGUGUGAUAGCUGCCAUGCGUGAUGGUUUCGGCUUUAUCAAGUGUGUGGACCGUGAUGCACGAAUGUUCUUUCAUUUCAGCGAGGUUCUGGAGGAUAGCCAGCUGCACAUUUCUGAUGAAGUGGAGUUCACUGUUGUUCCUGACAUGCUGUCAGCCCAGAGGAACCAUGCUGUGCGGAUCAAAAAGCUACCCAAAGGCACUGUGUCAUUCCACACUCAAUCUGAUCUGCGUUUUGUGGGACUGGUGGAGAAAGAAGCCGUGUCUGCAACCGCCACCAAGAUCUCCAGUCCCAGCAAAGGCAAAGAGAAGGAUGUAGAGGAAGGCUUGAUUGCGUUUGAAGACAUUGGAGUGAAACAGUCUAUUCCCUACCAUAUUAAAGACCUGGAGGGAGCCGCUUACCCACAACUUGGAGACAAGGUGGAGUUCUCUAUCAGUGAGGUGAAACGCACUGGACAGCAGAGUGCUGUGUCCAUCAAGAUCCUUAAUCGCACUGUUGGCUCCAAGAGACUUUUGGGAUACAUAGCAACGCUGAAAGAUAACUUUGGCUUCAUAGAGACGGCCAAUCAUGAUCAGGAGAUCUUCUUCCACUAUAGUGAGGUAUGCGGGGAUGUUGAUAACUUUGACCUGGGUGAUACAGUAGAAUACACUCUCUCCAAGGGCAAAGGAAACAAAAUCAGUGCUGAGAAGGUCACCAAAGUUGCUGCUGUGAAUGGAGUGGGAGAGGAUGUCAGUAGUACAGUGUUCCUGGGGAAAUUGGUUCGGCCCCUGCGCAGUGUGGACCCUUCACAGACUGAGUACCAAGGCCUCAUUGAGAUCACAGAGGAGGGCUCCAGUAAGGGUCAGAGUUAUCCAUUUGGCAUUGUUGGUAUGGCCAAUAAAGGUGACUGUCUGCAAAAGGGGGAGAUGGUAAAAUUUCAGUUAUGUACAGUGGCCCAGACUGGACAAAAGAUGGCCUGCAACAUAAUGCCUCAGCGUAGAGCCCUGGUAGAGUGCGUCAAAGAUCAGUUUGGUUUCAUCACAUAUGAAAUUGGAGAAAGCAAGAAGCUGUUUUUCCAUGUAAAGGAGGUGCAGGAAGGUCUGGAGCUGCAGACAGGAGAUGAAGUGGAGUUUUCGGUUAUCUUGAACCAACGCACAGGCAAGUGCAGUGCCUGCAAUGUCCACAGAGUCAGUGAAGGUCCAAAACCAGUAGCAACACCUCGACCUGACAGACUUGUCAAUCGCUUGAAGAGCAUUACUCUGGAUGACAGCAAUGCCCCCCGUCUGGUUAUCAUCAGACAGCCUCGUGGCCCAGACAAUUCUAAGGGCUUCAAUGUUGAGAGAAAAUCCCGCCAGCCUGGUGUUACUGACUGAGUACUCUUCACCCCCUCCUCGUUAUGGAAGAAACGCCUUGAGAAGAAAAGCAAUCAGACAAGGACAGGGGAAGGGAUUUGUGUUUCUGUCCCUCUUUCUUUCUUUCUUUCUCCCUCUCUCUCACCCACAGACACAAUUCAUUGAGUACCAUGCACAUCAAAACUUGACAAUAAGCACACAAGUCCCUUCCACUGUCACAGAAUCCCUUGCAACAAGACAAUUCUCAUCUCAUUUGUCUUCAUUGUUUGCGUUACGUUUUUGCAAAGUACAACCCCCUGUUGUAUGAGUGUGUGUGGGUAUGCAUCACAUGUUUGGAAACUUGUAAGGGUAUGAUUGUUAUGCAGAGGUGAGAGGGGAAAAAAGGGGGGUUUGUGUUCUCACACCUUUUAGGUUGAGGUGUUUGACCUGUUUCAUUUCUGCUGAAAUUGAAAUGCCUGGAAUUCUGCACCUGCUACUGUGUGAGUGAGUUGUUUUGUUUGUUUUAGAGUAGCUUUGCUUGUCUAUAUUUCAAAUUUUGUUAUAUACUUUAUUCUUCCUGUAUCACUUGAAAACUUGUCCCUAUGUUGAGUUUCUUGCCCAGUGACUAAAUAUAUCUGGGCUCUUUUGGGUGAGAAGUAAAUGUGUCCUAAGUUUUUCUCAUUUUUUUUUUUCAUACUCAAUUCUAUUUCUAGUGUAGCUUUUAACAUGACAUAGAUCUGAUAAACAACAAAAUAAAUAGCUCUGGCCUCAGAACUCUCUUGUGUAUGCUUUUUCUGAUUGUGUAAAUUACCUUGGCCUUUUUCCGUAAAAGCCUUAUAUAUAUAUAUAUAUAUAUAUAUAUAUAUAUAUAUAUAUAUAUAUAUAUAUAUAUAUAUAUUCCUGUCCUGAUUUCACAAGAUCUCUGUUUUUUUGGGCAAGUGCAGAAUUCCUAAUGGCAUCUUGUAGCCUGCAGUUCUUUUUAUAUAGAUUUUUCUUUUUUCUUUGCACAUGCAUUUCAUGAGUUCAAUUUAAACUCAAUGUCUGCUAAUGAAUAAAUUAAUAAAGAAAAAGGUCCCUAAAAACAGAAAAAAAAAAGAAAAAAAAUGUGGUGUCUCUAUCCCCAAUCAGCCACUGAAAUAUAAGAGCAAGUUUAGGAUGAGUAUUCCCAAGUACAAAAUACUGGUGUGCAUACUCCCGUACCUGUGGGUUGAAAUAUACUCUUAUGUAAUGUGUGCUUUUACUUGGGUGGGCUUUUAAAAACCUAAAUAAAUUAAACAAAUGUGUGUAUUGAGGAAAAGGGGGAAAUGUAAUGAGUAAAAAUUAGCAGGAAUUCAGUUACAUGGAUAGAAGCUAUUUGCAGUGCUGCUUAUGACAAAUGGAACUAUAACUGUCAUAAGUUUUCUCUGGAGCACCCUGGGUUUGUGUUGAACCUUAGGAUUCUAUAUACUUUUGUUAAUGGUCUUGAAUGAAACAAUUGAAAUAAACAUUUUAUGAGAAUCAAAGAUGCA